CUCUCAAGUUUUUUUUUCUCCCCCUCUCCCCCUCAGUGAGAAGUCAACUUUUCUCUCCUUUCUUUUUGUAGUUUGAAGUAAAAACACAACCAUGUCGCCGCCGUCUCGACGGCUUCAGACGAAGCCAGUGAUUACCUGCCUGAAGACCUUCCUCAUCUCCUACAGCCUCAUAUUCUGGUUCACAGGAGUGAUCCUGCUGGCCGUGGGCGUGUGGGGGAAGGUGAGCCUGGAGGCCUAUUUCUCUCUGGCCUCCGAGGAGAGCACCAAUGCGCCAUACGUCCUCAUCGGGACCGGCGCCAUCAUCGUUAUUUUCGGACUGUUCGGAUGCUUUGCUACAUGCCGCGGCAGCCCAUGGAUGCUCAAACUGUAUGCCAUGUUUCUCACCUUGGUGUUCCUGGCUGAGCUCGUGGCCGGUGUCUCAGGCUUUAUCUUCAGACAUGAGAUCAAGGCCAAGUUAGGCUUUGCCUAUGGAAACGCUGUGGCGACCUACAACAGCACGGACAGCAGCAGCAGCAGCAGCGCUGCAGUGGACGCCAUCCAGAGGACUUUGUUUUGCUGUGGGGUGAACAAUUACACCGACUGGGGCGAGACAGAGUACUUUAAAAAGAAUGGAGUCCCUGCCAGCUGCUGUAAAGACAACACCAACUGCUCACCAGAGAUUCUGAAAGACCUCAACAAGGCUGGGACAGAGGUGUACACAGUGGGCUGCUUCACACGGGUGACCCAUGUGAUGGAGUCCAACCUGGGAAUCAUCGCAGGGAUCUCUUUUGGGAUUGCGUUCUUCCAGCUCAUUGGGAUAUUCCUGUCCUGCUGCUUGUCUCGAUACAUAACCAACAACCAGUACGAGAUGGUCUAACAGUGACCUUCCACAGGUCUCUGAUGGGAAGCUCGUGAUGCAAAUAGAGUUGAAAGAAUCUCCUGUGAUUUUAAGAUUGUGUGCGUGUUAGUUGAUAUCAUUUUAGAAAGGGAAAAACGCCCACUGCUUCUUCUUUUAUUCACCAAUGACAAAUGAGCAGAAGGGGAAAAAAAUGGAAAAGGAAACCCAAAACAGGAUGUUAUCUGCAGUGUAGUUUGACCAAAUGUUUAAAUAAAGGGACCUGAACAUUUAAGAGAUCAUUUGUUACUCCUGAGAUUUAAUUCGGGAUUUCUAUUAAGCGUAGAUGUUAGUUUAUUUCAGUUAAUUGACCAAUUGUCAGCAUUUCCAUUUGUGUCUUUGUAUAAUGCAGCUGCCUUAUUUUGUAAUUAUGCUUUAAAAAACAACUCUGUAGACAAAUGUUAAACAUCUCUGCAACACUAAGUGAAUUUCUGUCUGUGUGUGAAACCAAAAUAAGCCUGAGAGAUGGACGAAGAGGUCGCCAACCUGAGAUCAAGUUUGUGUGAUUCACAGUCAAGACUUGUAGAAUGGGCCUUACUGAUUACGUAGGCCAGUAGUGUUAAAAAAAAAAAAACAGCAUUCAUGUGUGCCAGUUACAUUCGCCGGCCAACUUCAUAUCACAGUUGUCAGUGUUAAAUUGUUCUUCUUUUUGUGGAUGCAUGUGAAAUACUAGACAAAAAAAUAAAGAUUACAUUUAGUAUCUUCAA